UGAGGUGAGGUCAAAAAUCAGUGAGGGGAUCCUUGGAGACGCUCUCAUAGCAGAGAGGCCGACGAACGGUGAGGUCAAAAUCCCGAGCGAAGAGAGAGGCGGGCAGGAAAGAUGGCGGCGGCCGCACUGCGUCCGGCGAUCCUCCGCCACAUCCGACUCUCGCCCGCCACGGCGGCCCCUCUCGCCGCCGCCGCCGCGGCCGGCCGGCCCCUCGCCCUCGCGCCGUGGCUCGCGCGGCCAAUGUCCUCACACGACGCCCACCUCACCCGCGACGAGGUCGUCGGCCGCGUCCUCGACGUCCUCAAGUGCCACCCCAAGGUCGACCCCUCCAAGGUGACCCCCGAGGCGCACUUCGAGAAGGAUCUGGGGCUGGACAGCCUGGACACGGUGGAGGUGGUGAUGGCGAUCGAGGAAGAGUUCAAGCUCGAGAUCCCCGACUUGGAGGCUGACAAGAUCAACUCGCUUCCGCUCGCCAUCGAGUAUGUCGCCAACCACCCCAUGGCCGGCUGAGUGCCCACCCUUCCGAUUGCCGACCGUGCCAGGGUGAGGCAUUUUCUCGUUUCUGUUUGGGGAUGAUGAAUAAUUGACUGGAGUUGUUCAGGAAAACUGGUCCCUGGUGCUCCGCAAUGUGUCGGUCGCUAUUGGUCUUGGAUGCAACUGUAACAUUCCGCAGUGUCGCUGAUGAACUGGCCUUGUUGGUCGCACGCUUGUUUUUGUAGUAUAUCUGUUUAAUCUAAAUUGGAAUCUACCCAUGUUUUUUGUUCA